UACUCCAAAACAUUAGAUUAGUCCUGCUAUUGUUUUUGUGCAAAGAAAGGUUAUGUUGACUAUCAAUUAAUGAAGUUUAAUCAAACCUCUAUAAAACUGUUACACUACCUUCAGAGGCAUCAAAAACUUCACUUACUCCAAAGUCUCUUCUUAAAAGAAGGAAAGAAAAUGGUUGUGAGUGAGAUGGAGAAGAAAGCAGAACUUAUCUUCAUUCCCUCACCAGAUAUUGGCCACUUAGUUUCAUCACUUGAAUUUGCAAAACUCUUAAUCAACACUCACAACAAUAUUUUCAUCACAGUCCUUUGCAUCAAAUUUCCACAUACACCAUUUUCAGAUUCAUACAUCAAAUCAGUUUUAAACUUACAACCUCAAAUCAAACUCAUUGAUCUUCCUCAAGUUGAAUCACCACCAAAAGAACUAUUGAUAUCACCACCAUGCUACAUCAAAGCACUUAUGCACACCCUCACACCUCAUGUAAAAUCAACCAUUCAAACCAUUUUAUCAUCUCAUUCAAACCAUGUUGUUGGUUUAGUCCUAGAUUUAUUUUGUCUUUCAAUGAUUGAUGUUGGAAAUGAACUUGGUAUCCCUUCUUAUUUGUUCCUAACAUCAAAUGUUGGAUUUUUAGGAUUCAUGCUUUCCCUUCAAAACCGUCGAGUAGACGACGUGUUCAAUGAUUAUGAUCCUGAGUUGUUGAUUCCUGGUUUUACAAAUUUAGUACCUUCUAGUGUUUUACCUAAUGCUGCUUAUAGCAAAGAUGGUGGUUAUGAAGCCUAUUACAACCUUGCUCGGAGAAUCAACGACACCAAAGGAAUUAUUGUUAAUACCUUUUCAGAUUUGGAACAAUAUUCUAUUGAUGCAUUAUAUGAUCAUGAUGAAAAAAUCCCUCCUAUCUAUGCUGUUGGUCCUUUGUUAGAUCUUAAAGGUCAACCUAACCCUAAGUUAGAUCAAUCUCAACUUGAUCUUAUAUUGAGAUGGCUAGAUAAGCAGCCAAAUAAAUCAGUUGUUUUUCUAUGUUUUGGAAGCAUGGGAGUUAGCUUUGGUCCAUCUCAAAUAAGAGAAAUAGCAUUGGGACUUAAGCAUAGUGGAGUUAGGUUUUUGUGGGCUAUGAAAUCUCCACCAAGAACUAACAAUUAUGAAGAGAAAAGAUUACCAGAAGGGUUUUUAGAAUGGAUGGAAUUGGAAGGUAAGGGAAUGAUAUGUGGAUGGGCACCACAAGUUGAGGUUUUGGCACAUAAGGCUAUUGGUGGAUUUGUUUCACAUUGUGGAUGGAAUUCUAUUUUGGAAAGUAUGUGGUUUGGUGUACCAAUAUUGACAUGGCCUAUUUAUGCAGAACAACAGCUUAAUGCUUUUAGGAUGGUGAAGGAAUUGGGAUUAGCAGUGGAGUUGAGAGUGGAUUAUAGAAUAGGGAGUAAAGAAAUUGUUAUGGCUGAGGAGAUUGAGAAAGGGUUGAAGAAUUUGAUGGAGAAAGAGAAUAUUUUGCUUAAGAAAGUUCAAGAGAUGGCUAGGAAUGCUGUUCUUUGUGGUGGGUCUUCUUUCAUUUCUGUUGGGAAACUUAUUAAUAUUAUGAUAGGAAGCAACUAAUAGUAAUUUAUUGUUUUACUUUAAAGAUGUAGUUUCUCUUAUAGAAUCAAUGAAUAAAAAAGUUAUAUCAUGUAUGA